AUGCCUCGAAUCCGCUCACCAUACACGUCUCACGACCAGUCACCCCGCUACGCCGAUGGGCCAGGAAGAGAUGGCCCCGGGGGCAUCAAAUCGCCGCCGCGAGGUCCUGCGGCCCUCCGUAUCAUGCCCAGUGGACCAAGGUCAGGAGGCGGUCAACUAGAUUCUCCGUCAUCCCGAUCAAGUGGCGCUCCCGAUACAGCCAGCCCUACAAAUGCGCCCGCUGGCCCACGCGGUUAUGUGCCGUCUGCGCGUGGCGGGUUCCAACCGCGCGGUAGCCGUGGAGGCUGGUCACAGACGUCCUCCCGUGCGAUAUCUUCACCAGGCCAUUCCACACCGAUAGGCUCGUCAGGGAUCCCGACAGGUCCGCGCAGCCAGUCUGUCAGCGCACAAGGUGGUGCCUCAGCACCAACGCAGGGUCGCCCGUUUAACCCGCCGACAGGACCUGCUGCCCAGCAUGGUGGCGGUCCUCGGCAAACGCUCGCGCAAAGUCUUAUGUCGACGAUGCCACCGCUGAUCCCCGGUGGCAAGUUGGAUCCGAGCAUGCUGCCAAUGGUACUCGGUGUCUCGCGCGACGUGGAGCCGCACUACCGUAAACUGCGCGACGAGGAAGAAAAGAUUCGUGAGGAGCUGCGUGCCAAGCAGGAACGCCUGCGUAGGAGCCUCUCUAUGUGGGGACGCCUGGAGAGAGAUGCGGCCGCCUGGGAGCUGCGCAGUGAUCUGAGCGAGAAGAGCAUGAAAAACCUCGCGGGCGAGGGCAUGGGCGGUGCGGCGUUCUAG